AUGACAUCAUGGAUGGACAAAAAUUUCGGUAGGAGAUUUUAUGGAUGUCGAAAUUGGAAGACGAAGAAUUGUGGUUUUUUUGAUUGGCUUGACAAACCAAUUACUGAAAGAGCUAAGGAAGUUAUCAAUGAGUUGAAGCUCUUGAAGAUUAAGGAGAACUCAAGCUCGGUACCCAUGGAUGUGGAGACUUAUAUUGCUAAGCUUUGGGAUGUUAUUCAAGCGUUGAAAGAAGAUUCAAACAAAAAUAGGAAGAAAGCUAGAUUAGUUACUGUCAUCUUGCAUGCUUCUUGGUUGUUUUUAGCAUAUUUUGCACUAGCAUAG